AUGGCUUUAAGUGAUAUUACACCAAGAAAAGUCAAUUUAUGGAUUAAAAAUAUGGAAAGCAUAGUACACCUUACUAAAACAUUAAGUGAAAAACUUAAUGAUGAUUUUUUGUCAGUGGAAUGGGUUAUACAUAGAAUAAAUAGAAUGAAUGGAAAAAUUGAAAAUAUUACAGAAAAAGAAGAAUCUUUAAUUAGGAAGUACCUUUCUUAUCAAGUUUCAUCAAUGCUUAUUCAAGCAAUUAGUGCAAUUAUAUUUAGAAAUCCGAAUAAAAUAUAUGAAAUUUGGAAACAAUUUACAAAAAAAUCAUGUUUGGUGACCUAUCAACACAAAUUAAAACUAUCAACAGGAUUACCAAUUGAAACACCAAUAAAAGAAUUUGGUGAUAAGGUCUUAAAAAAAUUAAAGGAAUUAGAAUCAGUUUUAUUAUUUGAUAAAAGAUUUGCAGAGUUAUGGGAUAAAAAUGCCAUGCCACCAAGAAUGUUAAGACCAUAUUAUGUUGUAAAUGAUAUUGAUAAAGAAGAUGAUAUUCCUUACUUAGAGUUUGUUGCCGAAAAUUUGUUUAAUAUAAAAGUUAUAGAACCUGAUACAACAUAUAAUUAUGGAUGCUCUUGUGAAGAUAAUUGCAAAAAUAAUUGUGCUUGUAUUGAUGACCAUAUGGAAGGAUGGGGAGUUCAAACACUUGAAAAUAUUAAAAGAGGAGGAUUUGUUACAGAACAUAUGGGAGAAGUGAUUGAUUCAAAAACAGCAUUAACAAGAACAAUUUGCUACAACAAAUUACAUAUAAUGCCAUUUUUUGAUCUUGAUUAUGGUUUUACAUUCGUUGUUGAAAAUCGAGACUUAAAAAGCCAAAGGAUUGCAUUUUUUGCAGUACGUGAUAUAGACAAAAUGGAGGAACUAACAAUAGAUUACAAGAUGAAAGGUGAAUUGAUAUUAUCGAUGAAUGAUAGUGAUUCAGCUUUACUAGAAUGCGAAUGGGAAUAUUCAAUAGCAAAUUGUAAUUACGAUACAGUACUUAAAAACCUUUACAUAUUAUCAAAUAUAUUAUUUCUAAGCGUUGCAAUUGGUGGAAUAAUAUUAUUAUUUAUAAGAUUAGUAGUUAGGAAUAGUCAUCUAUGGGAUAAGAACAGUGGAUUUUUUUUGCCUUUAGAAGGCUAUUUAUUAGGAAUUUCAAUAUUUAGUGGAGUACGUGCAUUUGCAAAUUUUGUACAGCAAUUUAAUUUAUUUGCUUCAAGUCCAAUCGCCAGAGAAUUAAUUUAUGAUUUCAGCUGGAUUCCUGCGGACCUAACGGUUGCAACUUAUCUUGCCGGAAUUGAAAUUUAUCCUAGAUCUUAUAAAUUUAUGGAUAUAAACUCAGUUCAAGUUUAA